AUGAACCAAUCACAUCAGCUGCCUCCCCCGCGACGGCAGCAGUCCGCCACGGCUCCCUAUGGCGCUCAGCUCGACGAACUUCACAUGUCCGGCAUGAGCCCGCAGAGCCAGAUGGCAUCGCGAGACUACGCUCCCCAGAUCAAGCUCGAGCCGUCGCCCGUGCCCAACGUGCUCCAGCCGGGCGGCAUGUCGCGCCCGCCUCUGUCUGCCAACAACUCCAUGUCUGGCUCUGUUCCCGGCUCUGGCUCUGGCUCAGCCGCCGGCUCGGCAUCAGCGUCUGCGCAACACCAGCAGGGCUAUCAAUCGCCGCCAAAGCCCGUCCUCAACAUGUCGCACACCUACUCUCGCUCCAGCCCCGCGGCCAACUACGACACGCCCGCCUCGUCCUCGUCCUACCACGCCUACACGCCAACCACCCCCAGCGGCUCGUCCUCGCAGUUCAUCUCGCCUCAGGAUGGCAAGUACAACGCCCCGGGCUCCCAGCGCACCUUUUCCAACACGCCGCUGGGCCUGGCUGACAUCCGGCCGCGCGCCGACUCGAGCAUGUCCGAUGGAGCGCCCGGCACGCUUGGCUACGAGGUCGCCAACACACAGCCGGGCCCCAGCAACUACCUGGCUCCGUGGCCCAUCUACGCUUUCGACUGGUGCAAGUGGACGCCGCGAGGGAACGGAGCCGGCAAGGUCGCCAUCGGCAGCUACCUAGAAGACGGCCACAACUUUAUCCAAAUUCUCGACAGCCAGGUCGUCCCAACACCCCAGGACGUCUACCAACCCGGCACGUCAAAGUACAAUCUCGAGUUCACAAAGGUGGCCGAGGCCACACAUUCGUAUCCCGUCACGCGGCUUCUGUGGGAGCCGCCGUCUUCGCAGAAGCAGUCCACCGAUCUCCUAGCGACGUCCGGCGAUCACCUGCGGCUGUGGUCAUUGCCGUCCGAGACCUCUGCAAACCCAGGAAACACGAUUACUCGGCCGCAGCGCGACUCGGCCGUCACGAAACUGACCCCUCUGGCGCUCUUGUCAAACUCCAAGACGCCCGAUCACACGGCCCCGCUGACGUCUCUCGACUGGAACACCGUCUCCCCCAGUCUCAUCAUUACCUCGAGCAUCGAUACCACCUGUACGAUAUGGGACAUUCCAUCCCUGACGGCCAAGACGCAACUGAUUGCCCACGACAAGGAGGUAUAUGACGUAAGGUUCUGUGCCAAGAGCGUCGACGUAUUUGUGAGCUGUGGUCAGGAUGGAAGCGUGCGCAUGUUUGACUUGAGGAGCCUGGAGCAUUCCACCAUCAUCUAUGAGCCCACAGGAAAGGAAGAUCGAGUGGAAUCCGGCGAGCGAAUGAGCCCUACAACCGCUCAGCAGACGCUUUCGAAUCCUCCCCCGCUCCUUCGACUAGCUACGUCACCUCAUGAUACCCAUCUUCUAGCGACAUUUGCCCAGGACUCGAACGUGAUCCGCAUCCUGGACGUUCGACAACCCGGCCAGGCUCUUCUCGAGCUUCGGGGGCACUCUGGUCCCCUCAACUGCAUUGAGUGGUCUCCCUCGCGGAGGGGGACGCUGGCCUCAGGAGCAGACGACUGCCAGGUGCUGCUGUGGGAUCUCAUGAACUCUUCAUCCAUCAACGGCAGUCAGCAGCCAGAAAACCAGCGAAGCCCCGUCGCAUGUUGGGAUUGCGACUACGAGAUUGGAAACCUGGGCUGGGUACCACACUUGCAAGGCAACGAUGGCGGCGAGUGGCUCGGUGUCGGUGCAGGUCGGGGCGUCUGGGGCGUCAAGGUGAUGUGA